UCCCUCUGUAAACUUAGGAGUGGAGUACUUCACUAAACGCAAUCCUGAGCUGGACCUUGACGUGUCUGCAGUGGGGAGCAGUGUGCAGCCAAGUGACUGAUAGUGUCUGACACAGUGGCUGGUUGGAGAGAUUGCUGAGCUACUGCUGCAGUAGGCCUGUUGGACUAAGUCACGUUACCUCAGGGAGGGGAGGAAAAAUCCAGAGUCCAAUGUCUGUGCAGGGGGCACCCUCAUUCAGGCUGUGAUGUUACUGAUGCACGGUUGACUCUGAACACGAGGAGGGAGGAGUAGUUUGACAGGGGCUGUUGGUGUCUGGCUGAAGCUCACUCGCACACCAUUGCCUGCUCAGUUGGCUGGAUUUAGCGCGUUGGAAGGAAAGCAGUAAUGGGAUUGUCUCUGAGAGGGUAAAAUGAGCCGGGUGAACCUGCAAAAACUGAUGAUCUGAUAGGAUCCAGCAGGCAACAAGGCUGACUGUGGAGGAAUUUUGUUUUCCACUCUUGUCAUUAACUGGAGAGGACAAGAGUGGCCGUAUUGAGUUACUUCAUACUAAAGUGGAUCCAUUUUAUAUGGAAGAUAUCCAUGCCUGAUCAAGAAAAUUGAUGGAUUUCUAUGCUGCUAAUCAAAUGCAAAGAUAUUUAGAGCUGCAGUAGUAGGCAAAGUCCCACCAGAACUCCAGAAUGUCUCAUACAACAUUUACCAUGUCUAAUGACCAAGUUGAGGGCAAAGUUUCUCUGCCCCACAGGGAGGCCCUCUCCCCUGAGAGUCAUUACAGCAACUCGUCACUAUCGCCUUCACCUGACUCUAACAGUAGUAUGUCAAACAUGAGUGACAGAGAAGCUAGCAGCUCCCCUGAUGUCAACAUGCUGGAGUGCUGCUUCAGUAAUGGCUCCUCUGUUGAUAACCUCUACAACACCACUUUACCACAGGAUAAUGUAUGCGGCGGUGUAAGCAUGAACCUGAACCAAACCUUUAUUUCCACACCUGUUAAUAGCAGUGUGAAUUUCUGGAAUGAAAACUUGAGUCUGAUGAGCAACACUGAUUCAGGAUCCGAUAAGUACCAGACUUUCAGUAAGAACAUGGAGGGUGGAAGUAACAGUGCAGUGCUGUCUCCAGACUCUGCUGGGAGGGAGAGCCAGCUAAGUUCAGGUGACACCUCCCGUAGAGGAUCCACUGAUAAUGACUUCUGCUCCCUGAGCUCUGGAGAAAUGGUGGUAAGGAGCAACAGCUUUUGUCUAGCGGACGAGUCACUCUUGCACAUCUCUUCCCUAGAGGAGUCGUCGUCAAUAUCUCUAGUUGCUAGCAAUCCAGCAUGCAGCAUGUUGCCUGAAUCUAACCUGAUGUCUACCACUCUGCCGGAUGUUCUUGAAAAAUCUUCGGAAGGAUUAAUUGAGGAGAACAGAGGCCAUCCAUGUCUUGGCAUGACUUUCACUGAGGGAGAGCUCCCCACUGAGGACAAUGAGAUGUCAACAUCCAACUCUCCUGUAGCUCUGCCAACUGAGAAUGAAGGAGGUCUUUUGAUGACCUUUGUCUGUGAAGCAUCUCCUACAGAUUGUGCACAAGAGACUCAGUUUGCUAGUGCGGAAGAAGAGCCAGUGCCCCAUAUCCCUGAAACAUUUACACCAGAACAAGGCAAGACCUUUGUGUCCACUCUGUCAGCUAAGCAAGAUACUGAUAAGGAUAUUUAUACUUCCACCCCAGUACAAAACACUGGCAUGAUACCCAGCCUGCCCUCCCUCUCUGAGUCUCCCUGCACUGGCAGCCCAGGACUCUGCCCUGUCAAACAGAAGCAAAUCUCUGCCACUACUAACCGUUUGGUUGCAGCACUGAUGCCUUCAGUCAGCAAAGUCAAGAAAAUUGAAAUUAAGAAGUUUCCCAAGUCAGACUUCAGCAGAGUAAAAUCUAAAGUCGUGACAAGAAGUGUGCAUCAACUGUCAGUGGCAGGCCCUGCCUCACAGCACAAACCCACCCAAAUUAACAUCAACAGUAAACACACUGAAGCACAUAGAAUCAAGAAUAGUCCUGCCAAGUUAAGGAGUACCACUGCAGUUGUCUCUACCACCACUAAAACCAUGGAUGGACAGAGCAAGAGUACAGCAUCCCCAUUUCAUCAGCACCCAGCUGCAAAUAAACCAGCUUCCGCAGUGCAAUGCAAUAAUGCCAGCUCUGAAACAGAACAGGCAGCCUUAUGCCAAGAAGCAGACAGCACAGCACAACAUGCUGGCAACCAGACUUUCUGCCUCUCAUCCUUAGAAAAAUCCCCUGAUAGAAGUGGCCAAAAAGAUCCCAAACCAUCUCCAAAAAAAGGCGUGUUAAACAAAAUUGAGGUCAAGUCUGGCUCAGCUUUAGGUCAGGACAAGUCUCCUCUCCUCAAGACACGACCUCGCUGCUCAUCGGAGAGUUCUUCAUUGUCAUUACGGCCGUCCAGGGAGAAGAGAACAACCCUAAGGAUCUCAAAUAGUUUUAUCAUUUCAAAAACUGACACCCACCUGGGCCAGACCAAACCAGGUCACCUGAACUGCUCUCCCUUGAAUAAACAGACUGAGGCCACGAACAGACCUGCUGAAAACUCCACAAGAGAGGUUAGGAGGAUCAGCCUGGUGGCAGAGUCCAGUAAAUCUACAUUAUCAGGAGCCUCGGGGGAUGAGAGUAAGAGCAGAUUUCGAGCAAGGCCAUCUCCAAGACAAACAAGAGUACCACCACCUUCAGAACCUCCAGCUGCCAGUCCCAGACCAGCCACUCUGUCAGCCAGGCAGAGGCAGGGGACCCUGGGGAGGGAUGAACACAGGACCCCCAAAGCUGUAGGGACACCACAGUGCAAGCAGAAGAGAAGCACAGGCAGUCAGAGAGUGCAAGCAACAGGAGAGCAAUCCCUUGGAACUGCCUCAACAAUUAGUAUUAGGCCUCAACUGAAUGGAUCCCGACCUCUUCAUACUCCCACUCGGCCCUCUCUUAUGGGCCCUCCCCCUACUCCUUCUUCUAGACUACCACGCAAGACCCCGGGGCCAUCCAGGAGCCUCACUGAGACAGCCAGUGUUCACACUGAGCUGAGUGAAGGUGCUGGGAGUACACAAGUUUCUGGAGGAGCUGCAAAUAAACCAUCUGUUUUAAAAACUGCUGUGCUGAAAGCUAGACUCACAACCCCUGGAAAAAAAAACACUGGACCAUCUUUGGCGACAUCAUGCAGACCUGCUGCUUUUAGCAGCAGAGCUUCUUCAAGUUCUACAGUCAGUCCUCUGAAAAGGGUCGGCUCUGCAAGACUUGUUCGUCUGACUUCAAGUGGACCUGUGGACAAGAACAAACCAAAGGCCGGGUCACGCCAGCAACACCCUCAGCAGCAAGCAUCCCAACCGAAGCAGCGUAAUGGACCUCCGGAUGUGGUACCAGAGAGUGUCUCCGAGGGUGGGAGAAAGGACCAGAGCAUCCAGCAGCUCAGAGGACUCCUGGCAGCCGGGAACCGCAGAUUUGAGGCCAUCGCCAUCGUCCUGCAGCAAGCUUUGGCUGAGCGUGAUGAAUCCAAGAGGCAGUGCAGGGAUCUGUCCCAGGAGCUGGCCAACCUUCGAGGAGAGCUGGUUUGCUCCGUCCAUUCAUCUGAGCGUCUGGAGAAGGAGAAGGAUGAGCUGCGUGUUGCUCUGGAGGAUGCACUGCACAGACUGCAGGAACAACAUCAGCAGGACCUGGCUGAGAUGGAGCAGAGGCUGCAGGCCUUCUACCAGGCUGAGUGGGACAAGGUCCACCUCACCUACCAGGAGGAGGCAGACAAGUGCAAGACUCUCAUGCAACAGCAGAUGGGAGAGCUUAAAGCCAAUCAUGAAACCAUGAAGCUGGAACUAGAGAGCAGCCAUGCAGAGCAGCUGCAGUCUGUUAAACAGCAGUAUGAAAUGUCACUGGGAGAGCUCAGAAAAGUCCACAAUCAGGAGCUGCAGUCUUUGGACGAAACUUUGAAAGAGACAGGAGCCGCUCUAUCUGGAAAGAUUGAAGAGCUCACUGUGGAGAACAAUGCUCUACUUGAGAAGCUCACAGCAGAGGAGAACAGGAGGAAACAGCUGGCUGAAAAGAGUCAGAAGGACUCCCACACCCUGUAUCUGGAGCAGGAGCUCGACAGCCUCAAAGUGGUGCUGGAUAUCAAAAACAAACAGCUCCACCAGCAGGAGAAGAAGCUGAUGGAGAUCGACAAACUUAUGGAGAAAAAUGUUAAGCUGGAUGAGAGCCUUAAGAAGGUCCAGCAGGAGAAUGAGGACUUCAAAGCCCGCAUGGAAAGACACGCUGCACUGUCAAGGCAGCUGUCCACAGAGCAGGCCGUGCUGCAGGAAUCCCUUCACAAGGAGUCCAAGGUGAACAAGCGUCUGUCGAUGGAGAACGAGGAGCUCAUGUGGAAGCUCCACAACGGAGACCUGAGCAGCCCCCGCAAAGCCUCCCCCACCUCCACCUCCCCCUCGCGCUCCUUCAGCCUGCAGUCCCCUCGCAGCUCGGGCCUGUUCUCCAGCCCUCCGGUCUCACCCAGAUAACGAUGGGCCUCUGCUUCCAGGAAGCACAGCCUCUCUUUUUGAGUUGUCCCGCUGGAAUUAAGAGCCAUGUUUGUUUCCUGUUCGCUUAGCAACACGACAGCCUGACUCUGGCUCCUUCAGGAUUGGAUGAACUCAGACACUUUCUGUACAGAGGUACAUGGGGGGGGGAGAAAAGAAAAGAAAAAUGUUGCACAGGAGCACUUAAUAAGCAAGGUCGCCUUGUUUUCCGCCUUUCACGUUGGAUACUAUGGAUGGGGGGGUUGGGGGGGUAAAGGAAAUCUCAGGACUUCAUGUGAUGACACUAUUUUUUUACUUGUUGGAGGCUUGUCUGUCCUGA